UGUUUUUUUAAAAAAAACCGAUUCUUCAAGAUUCUGUGCAAUCACAAAUAAAUUCUGCUCAUUUUUUUUUAAUCUGUGAUAUAUUUACACACAAUAUUGUUAAUACGCUAUACUCUAUAUAUAUAUGUUAUAUUUGCUGUAAUGUUUAAUCAUAUUAUUCUAUUGUUUACAUUUUCAACAUGUUUUAUAAUUCCAUUCAUUUUAUGGAUAAUUCGACGACAACAACGAAUUGAUCAUCAUCAUUCAUAUGAUAAAAUUAACACAACAUCAGUACUUAAUGAAACAAUGUGUCCAUCAUCAUCGAAAAUUGAACGGCGAUUAUCAUCGGCAUUGGUUAAAACAAUUACCAUACGUACUUGUGUUGGUAUUUAUGAUGACCACAUGAAACAAUGGCGUCCAGAUUUUUAUCGUUAUGCAACCGAUGAUGGUUUAGAUUUGACUAUUAAUUAUGUUGACACAUUAAUCAACGACAAUGAUGGUAAUGGUGAUGAUUAUUUUGAAAAAACAAUUGUCGCUAUUCACGGUGUUCCCGGUUAUUAUACACAUUUUGAUAAAUUAGUCGAAUAUUAUCGUAAUACAAAUGUUCGGGUCAUUGUACCGAAUUUGCCGGACUUUGGCCAUACAAGAAAAACCCGUUCAUUUUGGCAUACAAGUGUUGAAAAAUCAACAUUUCUUAAAGAUUUUCUCCGCAAAUUGAAUGUAAAAACCGUUGAUUGUUUAAUUUGUCAUUCGUUUGGUGUCCAAACAGCGGCUGCUAUUUGUGAACAGCCCGGUAAUUUGGCCAUAAAAUCCGUAGCAUUCCUAUCACCGCAACCACUUUGGGAUCCGGUUCGUAAUGAUGAAAUGCUUAAAGCAUUUAAACAUAAAUCCGAAUGGUGGUACAAUUUUUUAUCACUGAUGCGUGUACAUAAAAAAGCCUAUACUAAAUUACGUUGUGCCAAUAUCAAUGAAUUUCUUCUACUAUGUUCAAUUGGUAUUGAAGAUGAUACACCGGAAAAAUUUACUCAUCGUUUACAGAAAAUAAUCAAAAUGAACAUUCCAAUUGUGUUAAUUUAUGGUGAAAAAGAACGUCUCAUAUCGAAAACAGCCAUACAACGUUUAAAUGAACAGUUGUAUAUUGAAUCUAAUGAUAUUAUUAUGAUUGAUCCAGAUGAUUCUACAUAUCAAGAACAAUUAGAAUUGACCAAAAAAUAUAGUUCAUUUGUAAUUAAAAAUGGUGGCCAUUUUACACAUUGUAAUCAUCAUCAUGUGGCUAAUGCAAUUAUUGAUAAUUUAUUAAAACUUGACAAUCAUCAACAACAACAACAACCGAAUGAUGAUUAGAAGAUUUUUUGACAUUAAUUAAUUAAUUAAUUGACUUUGUGACAUAAAUUAGGUUUCCAAUUAUAUCGAUCUGCUGUUUGGUGGC